AUGGCAGCCUGCUUUCUCAGGGAACAGGACGCGAGUAUGGAGGUCGCUACCGAUGGCUCGUGCACCAAGCCGCCCAUCAAGGAAUUCCAGCGAGCAGGGUGGAGCCUCGUCCUGAUCGAUCCCCGCUCAGACAGGCCGCUGGCGACCAUGCACGGAGCUGUACCUGCCUCCUUGCCCCAAGAAUCGGCUGUCGGAGAGCAUCUGGCGGCGGCCUUCGUGUCGCAGGUUGCGGACCGACCAUGCACCGUCCACGCCGACUUCAAGGGCGUUGUCCACCUGGGAAACAAGCAGAAGGAGCUGCAGCUGAAGGCCAGAACCCCCUACGCGUGCUUCGCCCACUUCGCGCAAUCGCUCGACGGCUUCACGUACGUGCAGCAGUAUGCCCACGUCAAGGCGCACCGCUCUGGGGACGACUACGCAGCGCUCUCCGACAGCCAGAGGAGGGUCACGGACGCGAACAUCGUGGCGGACCUCAGGGCCAAGGAGGCAGCGGCGAUCCACCCCGCCCCUGAGCAGGAGAUAGUGGAGGAGAUGCAGAAGGGCGUCGACAGAAUCAGCCAGAUUGCGAAGCUGAUUGCCCACGUCAUGCCCAUCUUUGACAAGGACGACCAGCUCAGGUGGACCAGGAGAGCACCGACCCUGCGGCGGGCAGCGAGCACGAGGAAAGCAACAUGGCACCAAUGGCAAGAUGGUGAGCUGGGCGUGCAAUGCAUCACCUGCCUACAGAUGCACAUGCCAGGGCAGCCACUCCCCCUCACGGGGCGCCCUGGGAUGGCCACUUUCCUGCUGGACCAUCGGCGCAACCCCAACGGCCACAAGCUGGUAGCGGUCAACCAGAAGGGCACCUUGGACACCUUGGAGAGCGACGCGAAGGACACCUACAGGCCAGUGUUCAUAUGUGUGAAGUGCGGGGCUUGGGCGCUGCAGCGGCGCAAGGCCAAGUUACGGCAGCCUUGCGUAGCUGCCACCACCAAGGGCCUCGAGGUCCUCCACAACCUGAGGCGCGGUGUCGGUCCUUUCAAGAAGCUGAAGAGGUUUAUCGACCGCACCACCCCGCUUAGGCGGCUGGAGGCGACGAGCGAGGUACACACCACCUUCACGAAGGUCGACAUCCUCAGCGGCACCGACGUGGCGGCGCCUGUGGCAGGGUUCGAGAGCAGGAUGGCCGCACUCCACCAACGAGAGACUUCCAGCAUGAGGCAGGUCGCGGAGCUCGACGGGGUAGGGGUGCUCAAGGAGCUGCUGCUGCUGGUGGACCCAGCCAAGCAGGGCGUCGCCCCCUCGGCCGCGGCGGACUUCGUGGAGCACAUCGAGGAGUAUGCGGCUGCUGGGGCUGCUGGCGCGGGGGCGCUGCGCGGCUCAGCGGCGACCAUCAACGGCUCGGACGCGCUGGACGAACAGGUCGUGGACCCGCUGCGCGAUGACGAGCACGGCAUUCAGGCGGCAGUCGCUGGGGAGGUGCACGGCAUGGGCACGGACUGCUUCGACGGCUCGGCCGCGCUGGACGUCCAGGUCGAGGGCGAGAUGGACGACGACGAGCACGACGCCGGGGCGGCAGCUGCUGCAGAGGUGCUCGGCCUGGCGAUGGACUUCGACAGCUCGAGCGCGCUGGACGACGGCCUCCUGGGCGCGCGGGGUUUCGGCGCUGAGGAUACCGUUGCUGGGGAGGCAGGCAGCUCGCUGGCAGUCAUCGAUGGCUCGGGCGCGCUGGACGACGACAUCAAGGGCGCGCUGGGCGGCGCUGUGCACGACGCGGAGGCCGCAGCUGCGGGGGCGGCAAGCGGCCCGUCGGCGGGCGUCGACGGCUCGCACGCGCUGGACGUCGCCCCCGUGAGCGCGCUGGGCGACACCGCGCACGGCGACGGGGCGGCUGCUGUGGGGGCCGCGAGCGGAUCGGCUGCGGCAGGCGGCGCCUCGGACGCGCUGGACGGCAACGCCGCGGCGGCGCUGGGCUCGCUGGGAUUCGCCGAGCGCGUCGCCCGUCUCCUGGCGGCGGCUGGCGCGCGCGAGCAGCAGCCCCCAGGCGCGGCCGCACCCAGCCUGGGCGAGUGCGACGGCGGCAUCGACUCCACUGCAGCCGAGGGCAGCGGGCGCGGCGCUGAGGCGGCCGCAGCGGAGGCAGUGCGAAGGCCGUCGGCCACGUACCCCCCUCUGCGCCACGGGCACGCCUGGGAAAGAGUCCCCGCCCUCGGCGGUUGGCCAGGGCCCUGGGAUCCUCGGGCCGCACCGAGCGUUCGAGGGCAAGGACGUGGUCACGGCGGCGUGAUCGACGACCACGUGGCCGAGCUGGACGGCGACCGCCGUGGCCCGCUCGGGGGACCCGAGCACGGCGACGCAGGUGCCGCUGCUGGGGCAUUGCCGCGGGCGGCCAGGGCCGGCGCUGACUCCGAGGAGUCGAGGGCGAGCGCGGAGGCCAGGGCAGCCGCCUUCAAGCAGCUCGUCGCGCUGGCGCGGACGUCGUGA